AUGGGAGCUAUAAAUCAACCUGUAGGACAAAUUCGAUUGACAAAUGUAUCUGUUGUGAAAUAUAAAAAAGGUGGAAAACGUUUCGAAAUCGCUUGUUACAAAAACAAAGUGACGGAAUGGAGAAACAAAAUUGAGACGGACCUUGACGAAGUUUUACAAAUUCAUAAUGUAUUCAGCAAUGUCUCUAAAGGUCAUGUUUCCAGCAAAAACGACCUGAAAAGUGCUUUUGGCACAGAUGAUGUAGACGCUAUUAUCUUGGAAAUUUUACAAAAGGGUGAUUUUCAAGUUGGUGAUAAAGAAAGAAGCCACCAGAUGUCUUCUACUUAUCGUGACAUUGUUUCGCAUGUUACUCUCAUGUGCGUUGACCCUAACACCCGCCGUCCUUAUCCUGCAUCCAUUAUUGAGAAGGCUAUUUCAGACUGUGGAUUUUCUGUUUCUAGCAAGAGCGCUAAGUCUCAAGCAUUAGAAGCGAUUCGUAAGCUUCAGGAGAAGGGAGAAAUUCCAAUUGUGCGUGCUCGUAUGCGUAUCCGUGUUGUCAUCGAUAUCAAGCAAGGAAAGCCUUUGCGUGAAAAAAUUCGUUCUUUGGCAGAUGAGGUUGAAGAAGAAAAUAUGGACGACGAGUAUGAGUGUGUUGCUCUCGUCCUUCCCGGGAAUUACAAAACGCUAGACGAGCUUAUUCGCAAUGAAACAAAGGGCCGUGGUAUGGUGCAGCUUUUGGAUAUGAACGAGUCAAGGGCAUAG